CAGCUGCUCUACUUCCCCUCCCUCUCUUCCCGUGGAUGGUGUAGCUCUCUCUCUCUUUCUCUCUCUCCCUCGCAGUCUGGUGGAGCCGCACACAAGGAUUAGAGGGUUGCUGUGAGUGUCUGCUCAAAGAGAAGAAGCCAGAAGACAGACAGAGAUAUAAAAAAAAAAAAAAAAAAAAGAUUCUCCAGAAAAGGAUAGCCUUACUAUUGUGGAUAAGUGAUCUGAUUUACCUUUACACAGGCUCUUCCUCUCAUCUCACGCCAAGCUGAAGCCCUGCUGAGCCUUCACCUGGGGGAGAGCAGAUAAGCCAAGGGACUAUAUAGCCUGGACCUCCACACAGGGAGCCAUGUGAGUGGCACCCCUCCACCCACUUCACACUACAGAGGUCCCCCCACAGUCUGCUCUCAAAGCUGGGGAAACACAACCAGGAUUUUGUUCCCCUCCGUGGAGCCUUCACUUUCAGGGCUUGCGUGGAGGGACUCUCCAGGCUCGGCGUACCCCAGCGGGAAACACUUAUCUCUAGGCACUGGUCGGGGUGUGAGUGCCCCCUGGUCUGGAGGCCAGCCAGCAGCACUCCAGCACCAUGGAUUACCUGUUUGGGAUUUUAGUGCUGCUCUGUGGGGCGGUGCAGCCGGGAAGAGGUGAUGAGUCCAAGCACAACGUACCCAGACUAAAGCUGUCAUACAAGGAGAUGUUAGAGACCAGUAACCUCGUCACCUUCAAUGGCUUGGCCAACAGCUCGAGCUACGAUGCUUUCCUAUUGGAUGAGGAGCGAGGGAGACUACUGGUCGGAGCCGAGGACCACAUCUUCUCAUUCGACCUCGUCAACAUUAACAGAGACCACAAACAGAUUGCGUGGCCUGCCACCCCCUCUAAGAGGGAUGAAUGCAAGUGGGCAGGGAAAGACCUUGGGAAAGAGUGUUCUAACUUCAUCCGGGUCCUCCAGCCCUACAACCAGACCCACAUGUACAUCUGUGGCACAGGAGCCUUCCACCCCAUCUGUUCUUUUCUAGAAAUGGGCAAAAGAGCAGAGGACAACAUCUUUCGACUUGCUUCGCAUUUCGAGAACGGCCGCGGGAAAAGCCCCUACGACCCCAAAAUGCUCUCGGCCUCGCUUCUGAUCGAUGGAGAGCUGUACUCUGGCACAUCUGCUGAUUUCAUGGGAAGGGACUUUGCUAUUUUCCGUACCCUGGGAGAUCAUCAUCCAAUCAGAACAGAGCAGCAUGAUUCAAGAUGGCUUAAUGACCCCAGGUUCAUAAGUGUUCACUUGAUCCCGGAAAGUGACAACCCCGAAGACGACAAGAUCUUCCUGUUUUUCAAAGAGAACGCCAUGGACGGAGAGCACACUGGCAAGGCUACCAUCGCCAGGAUAGGACAACUGUGUAAGAAUGACAUGGGAGGUCACAGGAGUCUGGUGAACAAGUGGACCACUUUUCUCAAGGCCCGGCUAAUGUGUUCAGUGCCCGGGGUCAACGGCAUUGAUACACACUUUGAUGAGCUACAGGACGUGUUCCUCAUGAGCUCCAAGGACCCGAAAAAUCCACUUAUCUACGCUGUAUUCACCACAUCCAGUAACAUCUUUAAAGGCUCAGCAGUGUGCAUGUACAACAUGGCAGACAUCAGGAGGGUUUUCCUGGGCCCCUACGCCCACAGAGAUGGACCCAACUACCAGUGGGUGCCUUUCCAAGGGAGGGUGCCCUACCCGCGCCCUGGAACUUGCCCCAGCAAGACAUUUGGAGGAUUCGACUCCACAAAAGACCUCCCUGAUGAUGUCAUCACCUUCGCCAGGGGUCACCCAGCCAUGUACAACCCAGUGCACCCGAUAGGCGGGCGUCCCAUCAUGGUGCGGACAGACGUGGACUACCAGUUCUCCCAGCUGGUGGUGGACAGAGUGGAGGCAGAGGACGGACAGUAUGACGUCAUGUUCAUCGGGACAGACAUGGGCACCGUACUGAAGGUGGUGACAAUCCCCAGAGAGAGCUGGCAUGACCUGGAAGAGGUGGUGCUUGAAGAGAUGACUGUCUUCCGGGAGCCUACUCCCAUUACUGCUAUGGAGCUGUCCACAAAGCAGCAACAGCUGUACCUCGGCUCGGGCCUGGGUGUAUCACAGAUGUCUUUACACCGUUGCGAGGUGUAUGGGAAAGCUUGCGCUGAGUGCUGCCUGGCCAGAGACCCUUAUUGCGCCUGGGACGGCAGAAAUCGAAUAUUUCCUGCCAAGAGGCGAACCAGGCGACAGGACAUCAGAAACGGAGACCCUCUCUCCCAGUGCUCAGAUCUGCAGCAUCACGAUGACACGGAUGGCUUAGGAGGCAGCGUGGAGGACAGGAGUGUGUAUGGCGUGGAGAACAGCAGUAUGUUCCUGGAGUGCAGCCCCAAGUCUCAGAGAGCGCUCGUUUACUGGCAGCUGCAGAAGCCCAACGACGACCGCAAGCUCGAGAUCAAGCGAGAUGACAGGGUGCUGCGUACAGACCAGGGUCUGCUCAUACGCAGUCUGGCUCAGUCUGACACAGGUAUCUACCACUGCCAAGCUGUUGAACACGGCUUUAUCCAGCCCCUACUGCGCCUCAAUCUCCAGGUCAUCCCCGCCCAGAGACUGGGUGACAUCCUACCUGGACUUUCCAGUGCGGGGGGUGGGGUAGGUCACUCUCCCAAGCACAGGCUGUGGUAUCGAGACUUCCUGUCUCUCUUAGACCACCCAGACCUCAACAGCGUGGAGGAGUUUUGCGAUCAAGUUUGGAAGAAAGAACGAAAACAGAAGAGGGUGAAGACGCCCAAUGGCAACAGUCAGGGUAAACCCGACAGCACCGGUGGUUCUAACCCUGCAUUAAGACCUAAAGCUUUGGCUCCCAAUGCUCAGAAGCAGCAAGCCAGUCCACCACAGAGCAGGCCAUGGCCCCAGGCUGGAGCUCCAACAGUGGAAGGGCCAGCACGGAGCCAGACUACCCAGAAAGGUCAACCGAAUCUGGGUACGUUGACUGGCCAGGCACCUAAGAACAAUCAGAAGACGCAGAACGUCCAGAAGGGGCAGGGCAGCCUGGCUGGUUCUCAGGCCGCGGGGGGGUCUCGGGCGAGCAGCCAGCACACGGCCAAAUGGAGACGGAUGCAGGAAAAUAAGAAGGGACGCAACAGGAGGACCCAUGAGCUUCAAAGACCCCCACGUAGCGUUUGAGGAAAAAGCACAGAGAUGCACACAUGCAGCCAGAUCUACACACACAAGCACAAACCGAUGCAUCCACACAUGAAAACACAAACACAUUCUAUAGAUUGUGUUUCCAAUGUAUGAUUCAGUGACCUCGCCAUAACAACAGCAGAACAAAGACCCAUAAAAAAACAGCAGCGCACACUUUUAGGUAGAAAUACAUGAGCUGCACUCUUGUAACACCAUAAAGCUCUCAUUCAAAGACACAUACACAAAUGCACAUAACCUGUGAAGAGGACAAAGAUGAACAGAGGACUGUAAAACUGGAAUGCAUACUGUAAAUGUGUGAGGAUAUGGCUGGUUGCCUGGGAUACUGCCUGGCAGACACUUCAACCUCCUGUACAUAAGCUACUAAAAUAGGACUGGGACAGAAAUGUUUAGUGAGGUGUUUGUUGGUAAGCAGGUGGACUUAAAAUGCUGAGAGGACAGUUGUGGAGACGUUAAUAGAUACACAGACAUUUGUGGAAGCAGAAAGAAUGCAUCCACUGCAAUCUGCUGCCCUCUUUGACCUGAGCAUGUGAACCGCAAGAUAAUGUACAUGGAUUGGAUUAAAAACUCUUAUUUUGAAGAACUGUCUGAGGAGAAAACAACCUUCCAUCCAGUCUUUCGAGUGAAGACAACAGCACUCUUAAAGGAGGAACGGGAAGGGUUGCACCAGUGGCCCUCAUGUUGUUCAAAAACAAAUAGAAGCAUUAUUACAUGCAAAAACUGCAAAGUCAUACCAUGGUGCAAAGAAAGUGCUUCGUUAUAACCUUCUCCACCUGAGGCUGGGAAAGCAUUGUGCAUGUUGUUGUCAAUCAAUGUUUUAAUAAGCUAGUUAUUUUAUGGAAUUCUAAAAGCUUUUUUUUUUUUUUUUUCUUUUUUUUUUUUUUUUUACACCCUACCUAAAAUAAAUGUUACAUGUCCCUUUUAUAUUUCCUUUCCAGACCUGUGCUUCUAUUUUUGGGGCAAAAAAUUGCAAGCAACAUAGUAGUCUCAUUGUGCAUUAUCCCUUCUGCUCUUGAGGAUUCUAUGUAAGUUAUUAUGUUGUUGCUUUUUCUGGGAUUUAUAGAAUCUGGGCACGAAUUCCAGUUGUAGGCUAUGCUAAAAACCCAGUCUGAAAUAGACUGGCAGUUGUUUUGUGUACAUAUAUACAACAAACUUAACUCUCUGUGUAUAUAGAGUACAUAUACAGUACAAGAACACCACUUGAUUAUUAUUUAUUGUUCAUUGUUUUGUGAAAGGGUUGCAUUUAUUUUUGAUAUUACGGUAUUUUUGGCUCAUCAAUAUAUUGGAGAAACAAUGGCAACAGCAACUGAGAAAACUUUGAUGGACCAACUGGCUGAAAUUGUGUCAAGGAAUCCCUUUUUGGGGAGAAAAUGGUUGACAAUGACUUAAGUUUAGGAGCACCAUUUCAGGGGCUUGUGUCAUUAAUACAUUUUUGACAGAGAUCCCGCUAACAAUAAGCACAAUUUUUUUUUCUUUUUACUUUCAUAACAGAUGCUUUCAUUACGUUUUAUUUUUUCCCAAAUCCAUCCACGUCUUCAUUCAUCCAGUAUCCAUUAUGUGUAAGAUAAUUCCCCAAACGGAAAAACAUUAGCUGUGAAUCUCUGUAAGAAAUAGUGGAGAAAAAUGUUAAAUUUAGUCUGAAGGAGAAGACACGUUUAUACUGCAUGUGAAUGCUACCUACAGUAAGUGCAUCUUUUUAUCGUCUCUACGUGUUUUGUGUGAGAGGUAAAGUUCCCUUAAAGCAAGGUGUGAAUUACUUUUGUCCUUUUGCCAAAACAGUGAUAUUAACAACUAAUGAUACUCUGGCCAAAGCUGUAGAUCCAAGCUCCUUAAACUUUGAUUCAACAAUGGUACCCCCUGUCUCCCCUGUCCCCUUAAUACAUGACAAGAGUAAUGUGGCAAUGCAAUAAAUUAGCAGAUAGUGUUCUCGACCAAAACUCCAAAGUUUGGUGUGUCCUGAUUCAGGUCUCUCUCUCUCUCUCUCUUUGUUAGAAAAGUGAGAGAUCUGAAAGUUACUGCUGCUGUAACACAGUUCUUUCUGGCAUGCAUUCAGUUGUCUAAAUAAACAUCUCCGUUACAAAAAAAAUGGUCCCCUUGUUCUCAUUUAAGUCAAAAA